CUGGUCGAGAACGAGCCGGGGGUUCUGGCGCGGGUCAUCGGCCUCUUCUCCGGGCGCGGCUACAAUAUCGAGAGCCUGACCGUCGCCGAGGUCGAGCGCGGCAAGCGACUCUCCCGCAUCAAUCUGGUGACCUUGGGCUCGCCCAUGGUCAUCGAGCAGAUCAAGGCGCAGCUCGAUCGCCUGGUGCCGAUCCACAAGGUCUCCGACCUGGGUAGCGAAGGCCCCUACAUCGAGCGCGAGCUCGCGCUCAUCAAAGUCGUCGCCACCGGCGAGAAGCGGGUCGAAUCGCUGCGAAUCGCGGAUAUCUUUCCGCGCCCAUGUGGUCGACAGCGAGAUCGAUUCGUUCAUAUUCGAAUUGACCGGUAA